CUGAGUGUGUUGCGUGAUUUGUGGUGCAUUAUGCGUCGUGUUCGAUAAUAGUUGGUGUUUGCGUUCGGAGAGAGCAACGAACUGCUUUUUGUCGGGAGAAAUAUAUUUAGUGAGUGAGUGAUAUAUAUCAUCCUUUCGCUGUAGGUUGGUGGUAUGACCGAAAUCUCCGCACCCGUGUUGAUUAGGCAUCUACUGUGCGUCCUGUGAUCGUUGACAAAAAUGCGAUCAAUAUCAUCGUGCGGUUCAUGGGUCAUACGGAUCAGCUUGAUGCUGGUAUUAUUCUCAUGCUGAGUAGUGCUUAAGUUAAAAAUUGAGCUGGUGCUGAGUGUGUUGCGUGAUUUGUGGUGCAUUAUGCGUCGUGUUCGAUAAUAGUUGGUGUUUGCGUUCGGAGAGAGCAACGAACUGCUUUUUGUCGGGAGUAAUAUAUUUAGUGAGUGAGUGAUAUAUUUAGUGCCAUAAGUAGCGAUCUGGCUGCCAUUUGCAGCAAAUAGUUUUCGUGCCGGCGUGGGGUUCAUCCUUUCGCUGUAGGUUGGUGGUAUGACCGAAAUCUCCGCACCCGUGUUGAUUAGGCAUCUACUGUGCGUCCCGUGAUCGUUGACAAAAAUGCGAUCAAUAUUAUUGUUCGGUUCAUGGGUCAUACAGAUCAGCUUGAUGCUGGUAUUAUUCUCAUGCUGAGUAGUGCUUAAGUUAAAAAGUGAGCUGGUGCUGAGUGUGUUGCGUGAUUUGUGGUGCAUUAUGCGUCGUGUUCGAUAAUAGUUGGUGUUUGCGUUCGGAGAGAGCAACGAACUGCUUUUUGUCGGGAGAAAUAUAUUUAGUGAAUGAGUGAUAUAUUUAGUGCCAUAAGUAGCGAUCUGGCUACCAUUUGCAGCAAAAAGUUUGCGUGCCGGCGUGGGGUUCAUCCUUUCGCUGUAGGUUGGUGGUAUGACCGCAAUCUCCGCACCCGUGUUGAUUAGACAUCUACUGUGCGUCCUGUGAUCGUUGACAAAAAUGCGAUCAAUAUUAUCGUGUGGUUCACGGGUCAUACGGAUCAGCUUGAUGCUGGUAUUAUUCUCAAGUGCAGCAGUUGGCGCUCGGCUGGAACAAAUGCUGCCAUCUCCACUAGGCAGCGUUUUGAUGAUAUCUUAGAACUUGAUGUUAUAACAACUUAUCGUCACAUUAAUUGCUCAUAUCAACUAUUAAACAUCAAGCAAGCACAUAUGUGAGUAAAGUGAUCUCGAACGAAGCCAUAGCCGUACAAAUACACACAGUCAAAAAUACAAUAUCAUAGAUAACAGUGCAAAUACACCCGACAACAACAGCAACAACCAUGGUGGACACGCAGCAUUUCUGUCUGCGAUGGAACAACUACCAGAGCAGUAUCACGUCGGCCUUCGAAAACUUGCGCGAUGAUGAGGACUUUGUCGAUGUGACACUUGCCUGUGAUGGCCGCAGUCUUAAAGCGCACCGUGUCGUCCUAUCAGCGUGCAGUACAUAUUUCCGCGAGUUAUUGAAGAGCACACCAUGCAAACAUCCCGUGAUAGUGCUUCAAGAUGUGGCAUUCACCGAUCUGCACGCGUUAGUUGAAUUUAUCUACCACGGUGAGGUGAAUGUGCAUCAGCGAUCAUUGAGCUCUUUUCUGAAAACGGCGGAAAUUUUACGAGUAUCUGGUUUAACACAGCAACAAGCUGAAGAUACUCAUGGCAUGCAUACAUCGCUUGGUACCAACUUGCCAUCGGGUGUCGUACAUCAUCCGAUCUACCCGGAGAAAAUGUUGGACGACUCGUUGUACGUGUCACAAGGUGUAUCUCCUCCUCCACAUCUUGCCAACCUGCACAACAGUUCCUCCCCGAGCAGUGGCAGCGGCGGUGGUGGUGGUGGUGGUGGUGGUGGAGGUUGCGGAGGUGGCAACAGUAACGGUGCACCGAUGGUAAAUCAGCUACUGAAGCGAGCCGCCGCAGCGGCUGCCCUACGACGGGAACGGAACAACUCGGCCCAUUCGGACGAGAUGGCACUCAAGCGACACCGGAUGUCGGUGGACAGCAAUGGGCCGACGAAUAUGCGCGAUCUAGAUGUAAUCUGCAGUACGCCCCAGACGACAGCUACCGAUUUUUCCUCGAGCGCUUCCAAGCAGCACAUCAAUUUGCCAUCACCAUCCCAGGGAAAAGAACAAUUGCGGCAACAGGACAGCUUAUCCGGUCAUGCAAACAACGGCAACAAUAGUAGUUUCUCCAUCAACAGUUCGAGUAACUUAAUAAAAAGUAGUAUUAAUAACAAUAACAAUAACAUCAACAACAACAACAACUUGAACAACAACCUAUUGCACAGCAAGGAAAACAGUAGCGGCGGCGGUGGCCCGGUCGUUGGUGGACUUUGCGGUUCCGGUCACAUGCCAACGUCACUCGGCACUUCAAACGGAAGUAACACAGGUAGCCUCUGCUCGGCGGAAAAGGAAAGCCUGGCAUCCUCCCCAUCGGAACGUUCGGCCGAGGACGUGAAGUCGGAACCGCUCGAGCUGCUGUGUGGCACGGGCGGUGAUCAAGAAAACAGCUCCGACUCGGUGCCGGACGACCACGGAGAACUCGUUAAAAGUGGACUGGAUGUGAAAGGUUCCCUGAGAUCACCAAAUGAUCAUGAGCUUGAUACCAACAUUCAUCACCACAGUGGGGCCCAGUUUCUCAUGAAUGCUAACGAAAACAAGCUAUUUCCGACGCCACCUUCAUUUAACUUUUCCAUGGCAGCACUAGCAGCAGACCCUUCGGCGUUGGCAGGAUUUAGCACACAAGCACUGCAAGCGGUGGAGUUGGCCGGUUCGCCUCAGGGACCACCAGGCCAAGCAUCACCGUCCGCAUCGUCAUCUUCGUCGUCGGUUAUUGCCAGUUCGCCGUCACAUCUGAUGCCACUCCGUAUGCCUCCACCGACCAGUGGCGGUAUUAACGAACCACAGGAGUGUCCUUACUGCCGACGUACCUUCUCUUGCUAUUACUCCCUCAAGCGUCACUUCCAGGAUAAGCACGAACAGUCCGAUACGCUGUACGUGUGCGAGUUCUGUCACCGGCGGUACCGGACGAAAAACUCACUAACUACACACAAAAGCCUCCAGCAUCGUGGAUCAAGCGGUAUGCUGAAACGGUUGCUGAAGACAUCCGCCAUCAAGACGGUUCUAUCCGGGAACGGGAGCAAUGUAGGGGCUAGUCUGCACGGUACGCACCCACACGCUCAUCCACAUCUGUUUGACUUUGCGUCCGAACUCGGUCAACCACCACCGGGCAUUCAGUAAGCAACGUUCUAAUCCACGUCCGGAUAGCACGCUUCAUACGCAACACGCUACGUUGCAACCUGCCAACGGGUCCAACUUUGUAUGGCACAUCAUCAGUAGGACACAAUCGUGACCACGAUCAAUCCCAACGGAUCAUAUCACCGAGACGAAACCGAGAUAUCAAAUGCGUUAUUCAACAAAGUGGAGUGUAUAUGUGGACGUUACAAUACUUUAACUCCCAUUUUUGUUUGGUAGAUAUGCAAAGUAACCAAAGUUCAUAUCAGGCAUGCUAAUAUCACCACUCUUAAAGAUCUUUUUUCUAGAAAAACGUGCAACUAAUUAAAACAUAUCCACCCAGUAUUGAGUAUCUUCAAAAAGAAAAACAAAUACCUUUUUAGUCCUUGCUUCAAGUGAUUAAAAAACUCAAGGGAUUUAAAGAUUCUUCCUCAAUGAAGACGAUAAAGGGCAAUAUCUGCCUGAUUAAACACUGCCUGAGAGAGUUGUUUUGUGUUAACAUUUUAAUGUGAUGGAACUGUGCUGUGCAAAACGGGUGAAUGAGAAAGUUCCAGUACAUUAGAUGGAAGCAUUUUUUAUUUUGUUUUGAUUUUAACUGUGAAAUUUAUGUAUGUAUGCAUAUCGAUAAUCAAAACCAUAAAAGUCCUUGGUUAAUUAAAAAGAAAUGGAAAGCGUAACUUAAUUACCGAUUAAAAAGAGUGUGUCCAGUAUACUGUUCAUAUAAUUAUUUACAUGAUUAAUUUACUCCCUAAUAACAAUAGUGCGCACAGUGCAAUAAUUCUGGAACGUUGAAAAUAGACCUAAGAUACGUUGUACACACUUUUCCACCAAAAACUGCGUGUUGUGAAUUUUUACAAUAACUUUCACAAGCUCUAGGAAACAAGCAUGUUGAUUCUUGUGUUUUUUUAAUGGUUUGUCCCUCCAAUGCCACGAAUUCAAUCAUAUUAGGUAAAUUGCACACAUAUCAAAUGAGCAAUGAUAUAUUCAUUUUAAACCCGGUGUCGAGUUAAACGUGAUGUUUGACGCUACAGAAGGGUACAAGAAAUAGAUAAAAAUUAACAAACAUGCUGUUUUCAUAUCUUCCCCAAAAAAACUAAUUUUCAAUCAAGUGUGGAACUGUAUAAGCAAGUGAGUCACGUGUGUAUUGCGGUUCGACUGCUCUACGAAUCUGUGCUGUCUCAAGUAAACUAAACAUUUGAAGGCAUUAGAUUAAAUUUACGUGUUGGGUAGUCGUGUAUCCGAAGUAAAAAAGGCAGUCGAUAAAUUGACGAUGUGUAAACUUAGGGAAGUAUCAAGAAGACAAAACGAAUAACUGUGAUUUUAUGAGAAAAAAAUUAAAAUUAAUUAUUUAAAGGAUUUGCCUUUUUUGGUUUUCGCUACACCUUUCGAUAAAUGAGAAUCGAUGAUUCCAAAAUUCUCGACGUGUGUAUGUGUAUGUAUGUGUGUGGUUGGGUGUUUUGUAAAGCACAAUCCAGAUAACAAUAACUUAAACAACCAAUUCCUGGCCAAAAACUGAAACAAAUUCCCAAAAUGUAAGACAAAAUUGUUGUGUCACAUAAGAAGAAGGAAAAACACAGGACAAAGUUAAAGAUUAUUAUCAAAUUUAAAAAGAACUGACUAGUACUGCAACUUUUAAUGAGUAUCAUUUGAUACCAUUCUGCAGAGUCCUUACCAUUCAUCUGUUUUUUGAAUAGUUAAAUUCCAAAUCACAUUUUGUUCAUUUUAGCUGGAGUAUGGAGGAGCACAAAGAUUGAACCAAGUAUUCAAUGUUACACUUAGGUAAACAGCGCACAAACAACGUUAAAACACUAGCAAACUAAAGAACUUCAUAUUUUUGUCGGUUGGUAGUGAUUUGUUUACAUUUGGCUUACAAUAACAACAUUAAUAAAAAAAGGAUAAAAUGAAUAUAAAAGAAAAACAAUUUAAUAUCAGAUAUAUAAUUAGUUAUAAUUAUAAAUAUAACAAAAUAAUUAGGCAAACGCAUUUUAAAUACAAAACCCAUACACACACAGACACACACGCAUCCACGCAAACUAUUUUACUCUUAAAAUUUCGGUAACUCUGGGAAACAAAAAGAAUAUUGCAAAGGUGUUAAAUCAGGCUACUGCAACUAACUUAAAUGUGCUCUCGUUUCUUUACCCAGGGCAGUGAAAACUAAGUAGGCUGCUCUAGAGAAGACUUAUAGACGACAAGGAUUUGAUCACAUUCAAACAUACACAAGAAGUACGAAAACAACACAAUAAUUAAAACUUCUUGUAGCGUUGAUAUGAAUAUUAGCAAUAGCUAGUAAAGGCAGGAGAAACACCCAUCCAUACACUUGCGGGUGAUGUGACUAGGCCAGUGAACAUUUAGUGUACACUAUUGUAUAAAGUUAUAAAAUUAAGAGUUUGACUAAUUGCAAUCUAUGAAAGAGAGAGCAAGAGACAAGUGUAGAAGAAUAUUAUAAAUAAGUUUGAAAAAAUAUGCAACACAAUCGGACAACAAUGCAUGCAAAAAAAUCAUGACACCCGUUUGUGUGUGCGUGAAUAUGGGUGUGUGUGUGUGCGAAUAUGGGUGUGUAAUGUUCAGGUUUAUAUAAAUUUAAAUACAUUUCCGUAUACCAGACCGGCGGUGUCGCCAAAUUAUUGCAGAUAUAAUGGUCUACAAGAUCCGUUAUAUUUAGCUAUAUUAUCACAAAGAUUUUUAAAACUACUGUCCUAAAGAAGAGAUACAACAAAAAAGAAAACAUAUCCUACGCUCAAAUGGAAAAGAAAAUUAAAUUAUUUUUUAAAAACCAUACACAAACACUCUCACACAAACGGGGUCUUUGACUGGAUCAGAGGAAAGAGAAAAAAGUAAAAAAUAACAAAGUAUAAAUAUAUAUUCGCAGAGACAAGAAGGGCACGAAGUAUAUAGUGCAGUAUUAAGCGACUUGCUAGUGUUUUAUAAUUCUAAAUGUACGAAUCAAUAACUAUCCCAGCAUCACUUUGUAUAGGGUAUCGGUAUAAAUCCUGAAGACAAAACAAAAAAUGUUGUAAAAUGUUCGAAUUUAAUACAUUGAAAUCACAUGAAACAAACGCUCACACAAAAACACUCACACAUUGCACAAAACAAUGGAAACACGCAACACUGUAAACAAAAUCAGGCAAUUGAGGGAAGAAAUUUAAGGCAAAUAUACUAUUAAAGUAGAAAGCCAACAAGCCAAAACUUGAUGGGCAGGGAUUUCAUAGUUAUUAGACAUACAAUUAAUAGAUUAUAACAACAAGCAACACAACAAGAAAGCGAAAUGUAAAGCAUCAUAUUUACAGUGAGCGCUAAGAGUAUGGUGUACGAGAUGAAAAAACGAAAAAAAAACAAUUAUAAUAGAAAAAUAUUUUAUAAACCAAACACAUGUUACACAAUGAUGAGCUGAUCAGAACAUGUCGCCAAAUAUCAAAAGUUUCAACCCGCUUCAUUUGUUUGUAUUGUUCGCAUUGUUUUUCACACGCACGUCAAAAUGGAGAGAAUGAGAGAGAGAGAGAGAAAGAGAGAGAAAGAGAGAGAGAGAGAGAGAGAGAGAGAGAGAGAUAUUAGUACACGGUAAUUUAAUGUGAGGGAAUGCUUCUUUCUCGUUCGACAGGUUAAUUUUAUUCCUCUCCAGAAAUGCCAUGAAUAAAACGAUUCAAAUGAACAAAUGCUGCAUCUUACGCAUUAAAAACUGGACGACGGAAUAGGAUUAAUUCACCAUUUAUUGAAAUGAUGAAAAAUAAGAGGUAUAAGUGUGCUUUCGUUUUUUACCGAUCUCUAAACAC